UGACUCGAGCUUUUCGAAAACAAUAUAGACAACGUAAGGUGAAACGUAAACUGUAAUGACUACAGUGCGAUAAAGAACGUAAAGAGAAAAAACAAAAAGGAGAAAAUACGAGUCGAUAUAGUGAUUCGUGUGUUACAUGAUUAUCCGUGGACGGUGAAAAAUGCUCUGAACGGUUAACCAUAACCGUCGAUUAUACGGUUACACAGUUGUACAGUUGUACGGUUAUACAAUUAUACUGUUUAGAGGUGUGACUGUUGACUAUUGCAGUGAUAAUCAAAGGACGAGCAACAAGGGAUACGGUUGGUUGCAGCCUGGAGGGAGCAAGAGACCGAGUGACCGUGGACUGCAGGCUGUGGGCUGCGGGUAGCAGGCACGGGCCAGUCAGUCCACCAAACAAAACAUGGACGCCGUAGAAAUAAAUACAUCGGAUUCACCGCAAAACGAAGAAGGCAUCGUGUCGACGGUAGAAAUAUGCCGUGUUUGCCUUCUUGGUAAUCUAGUAAUGCGAGACUUGUUUCUGGAAAACGAGGUUGCUUCUCUUUCGGCAAAAGCGAUGAGUUUCGCUAACGUUAAGAUGUUACCCGGAGAUGGUUUACCAGCUCGCGUAUGCUGCGUGUGCGCGGACAAACUGGAAUCCGCAUACGAAUUUAAAUUACAAGUGGAACAAGCGGAUACCGUGCUCAGAGAAAGAUUUGUCACUAUGAAUAUAAAGGAAGAGCUGUUCUUCGAUGAAGUCGAAGUACACUUGGAUACCAGAGAACGAAACGAGGGUAUAGAAGGAAUGCGUAUAGAGAAUCAUUAUCGGGAUACUACGGAAACUUUACCACCAAUGUCUCAGGAAGAGAAAUCGUCUCUACUGAAGGAUCAGCUGGAUCUGUUACAAAUGGAAAAACUAACCGAAAAUGAAGAGGGUAUUAGAGAGCAGAACAAUGGCCAAGUAAUGGAAGAAGUGAUUGAUCAAGCGAUUAGCACGGAACAGACAUCGGAGGAUCGUCUAAACCAGGAAGAAGAGACCGUUAAAACUGUCGCGGAUACCUCGAAAGACGACGAAUCAUUGAAACAUGAAAGCAGGGAGGACGAUUGCAUCGGAAGGAUUGCGCCGAUGGAACACGAUUAUAUAUUGCAACAGGAGUGUAUAUUGUCCGACGACGGUCAGCGAGAACAUCAAGAAGAAGAAGAACAACCUCAAGAACAGCAGCAGCUUAACGAUUCCGAAGAAUCGUUUCCGCGAGAAGAUUGCGCGGAAUAUGUAAAUUUAUUGGUAAAGGCGGCCGAUGUAACGAAUCAGGAAGACGAAGACGAGGACGAGGAUGAACCCGGAGGUGCGGACGAUAUGAAACCGGAUGUAAAAAUGGAAGAAGGGUCUCCGUGUCAGAACGAAGCUAGGAGAAGUAAACGUAAGCUGGUCCGUCGAAACCAAAGUAUAGACACGAAACGAGACUCCGACGAAGAAAAUUAUUUCGAAAAUCUAAAUUUAAGUUCGAGAUUAAAAAAUGUCGAAGAUUCCGAUAAAUCCGAUAAGAUAUUUUUCCUAUGUUACCUGUGCGACAAAGAGUUUUUGUCAAAGAGCGUUUUGAAGGAGCAUAUGCACACUCACGAGGAAGUUAGAAAAGCAUUGUCCCUAAAAAAGACGUUAGAGACAUUAGAAACGUUAGAAACGCCGCAAAAAAAUGUUAGUAAUCCCGUGAAAUCGCCGCCGUCGGGUAAAAGAUCGAAUAAAUGCCCUUACUGUGGCAAACAGUACAUCUAUAUAAUUUCGUUUAGUAAGCACUUGAAGAAACACGAACGGGAGAAGGAAGAGGGAAAGGAAGAGCCGAUGCCGUUAGAAAUUUCGUUUCACGAGGACGAGCAUAGUUUGGAUCUUGACGAUUACGAGGAGGCGCAGCGUUCGAAUGCCGAGUUUCGAAGAAGAGCCAAAGGAAAAGACGGUUUCGACAGAACGAAGACGAAGAAACCGGUAGAAGAAGGCGAGUUCGAGGACGAGGACGAGGAACAAGGGCAGGAGGAGAAUGAAGAGGAAGAAAGGGGGAAGGAAGAGAAUAGGGGUGAUCAAGGAGACGACGGUUGGAACAGAGAAGAGAAAGAAGGAAGUCAGGGUGCGCGCACGGAAACGUUCGCCUGCGAUAAAUGCUCGCAGAAAUUCUAUACCAAGCGCGGUUUACGGAAACACUCGGUUUCGCACGUUGUUCUUAAAUGUAGCGUUUGCGAAGAAGAAUUCGAUUCGAUGGAAAAGCUUAGAAACCAUCGUGCAAAGCACGUGGUCGAAGGCGUAUUGAGCGAACAAGAUUUCGAAGCGGAUACGGAGUACACGAUCGACGAUAGAACCGACGAUCGCGGAACAGACGGGAAAGGAAACGAUGGAAAGGCCCAAAAUGGAGAGGAUGGGGGCGAAGUGGAACGAUUUGAAACGGAUAACAGAUCGGGGAAGAGCGACAGAAAUACGGAGACGCACUCAGGGAUCGAGUACAAUUGCAAGACGUGUUGUCAGCGGUUUCCGAGGAAAGAUUCGUUGCUGAAGCACAUGGAACAGCAUCACGAACGCGCGAAAACUUACAAGUGUACACAAUGUAAUAAAACGUUCGGCAACGAACUUACUUUACGAAAUCAUCUUAUAGCCACCGAUCAUAAAACUUUCGUUCACGGGCAAGAAUACGAUCCUAAUAAACGCAUUAAACGAGUCGCCGCGAGAGCGGCUCAGAAGAUAAUCGAUCAGAUUAAAACGGAGGACGGUUUUUUAGAGGAUUACGACGACGAUGACGACGAGGACGAUCAGAGCAACGUCAGGCUCGAUCGCGUCGGUUCAGGGUUAGACGGUCGCGGUAAACGAGACACGUCCAUGCAAAAGAAACACAAUUACAAGAAGGAGCUGGAAUGCGUGAGUUGCAAUAAAAAAUGCUGUUCGAAGCAGUCGUUGGCAAAACACAUGGAACAGCACGUGAAAGACGAACGAACCGUGAAAUUGGAAAAGCAGAAACAACCGGCGGAGAAAAAGGGACAACGGAACUGUACCGGCGAACGCGUCGAUAACGGGGAGAACAAAGAUGACGAUUACGACUCGGAUUUCGAGAGUGGGUUAGACUGGCCGAUGGACAAUCACGAGUGUGCCAAGUGUAAGAAACGGUACAGUACGAAAAAAUCAUUGUUGCGACAUCAGUUAUUGCACGAGGAGCCGAACUUCGAAUGCGACAUCUGUAACGUGAAAUUCUACCGUAAAGACAAAUUGAAGGCUCAUUACGACAAGUGUUCGGAGAAGAAUCCUGAUCAAGUGAGAAAGUGCAACAUCUGCGGAGAUAGUUUCGAAAACAACGAAAUCCUACGGGAGCACAGAUCGAAACACGUUACCGAGGGUAUCCUUACGGAGGAAGAUUUGAGGGAUACAGAACCGCGGCCGGAAGAGAAAAAACCGGGCGAGAAAAUCGGUCGGAAGAGAAGAACCGACAUCGUCGGUUUAGAAUGCACCGAAUGCAACAAACGAUACACCUCGAGGAAAGGACUAUUACGACAUAUUCAAGUACACGAGGGAAAGAAAUACCUGUGCGAUAUAUGUCCGAAAAAGUUUUACAGGAGAGAACAUUUGAAGAUACACGUGGCUAAGCAUAAUAUGAUAAAACCGUACAAGUGUACUCGUUGCACCAAGCGUUUCAUUAAAGAGGAGCAAUUGACCAAUCAUCUGUCGAAGCAUGAUCGUACUUUCAAGAAGAAUAAAGAGACGGAUAGUUCGAAGAGGUUCCUUUGCGAGAUCUGUUCGAAAAGUUUCACCCAAUCGACCACGUUAAUCGCUCAUCUUCGAGCGCACAACGGGAUCAAACCGUACGUUUGCGAAGUUUGUUCGCGACCGUUUACAACGAACGCGUACCUAAAAAUGCAUAUGAGAACGCAUACGCAAGAACGGCCGUAUAUCUGUCAGUACUGUUCACGAGCAUUCGCCAGGGCCGACACGCUCGCCAAUCAUUUGACUUCGCACACGGGCGAAGCGAAGUAUCAUUGCAAAUAUUGUCCGAAAAAUUUCCGCCGUCUCAAGUCCCUGAAAGAGCACGUAUUCAUUCACACCGGUCAGAGGCCUUACGCUUGUCCAACCUGUGAUCGACGGUUCAACAACAACGGAAGUCGUUACGCUCACAGUAAAAGGUGUAAACAAAAUUUCGUUCAAAAUCAGACUCAAAACCAAAACCAGAAUCAGAAUCGUGGUCAGAUAUUGGCCACGCAAGCGCAAUCGAUACAAACUCAACAGAAAGUGUUACACCAGGCUACUCUUGGACAAUGUCAAGUAGUGAAGGCACAGAAUAUCAAAACGAUCACUAUUACCAGACAAUCUGAACCGGUUACUGCUCAACAGGUUAUGCAACAUCAGGAAAUACUGAUGCCUUUGAUUCUUCCGCUUACCGUCACUCUCGCCGACGUUGGCGAAGAAGUUAUAUUACCAGAGGGAAGUAAAAUAUUUACUACCACUUAAAUCGACCUCGUUCUUUUGCCGCGUUCCUUCACUUUUCUCUUGAAAUUCGCUUUACUCGUUUGCUAUCGUCCUCGAUACUUUCACCCUCUUUUCAUUGACUCGUUACCGAAAAAUUAACAUUUAACCAUGGUAAUUACGAAGGUGGAGCGAAAGUGGCAGCAAAUCGUGUUGAAAAAAAGUAACCGAAACGAUAGGGCGUUUGAUUUUGUAUUAUAUACGUUGUAUGUAUAUCUUUCUAUGUGCUAUGUUUAGGUACAAGAUGAAGUUAUGGAGUAGAAAAUGUACGGGAAUUGGAUUAAUUAUGUAGCAAAUGUUUAAAAUGAAUCUACGGGUUGUUCGUUCGUCUCGAACGCGAAGCGUAAACGUCGUUUGUUAAAGUGUUAAAUAUCGUUCCGUGAACGAAGAGCGGAAGAAGCACGUUCGGUUCGAGAACUCGGCAUAUGAAAGCAAGGGAUAUUAAAGAGGGAGAGAGAGAAAAAAAACAAUGUUGCUCAGAAUAUACGAAAAAUACGAAAUAAGAAACGUGGGAAGACCAAUUACCAAAUUUUACCGAUUUUAAUCGGUAUCGUGGACGACCUCGACGUUGACUUCGAUUUCGAACCAUCUCGUUUCACCGGUUCCCUACAGUUUUUUCUUGUUUUUGAUAUUAAAAAUGUGAUUGGACUCGACGGAAGUACGUAUGUAUAUAAUGUAUGUACGUAAACGUGUACACGCAUUUUCGUAUAUUUGAA